ACAAAUACAUACUAUAUUCUCAAGGUUAGCCACCAUCAAACAAGCACCACAACAUCAUCAUGUAUCCACCUAUCUCAUCAGAAGGCUAUCCCUCAAAAUCACCACCACCAUCAGCUCCUCCACAAUCAUACGACCAACCGCCACCAUCACGCCCGCCACCGCUGCAGGUUCCUCAGUACGCCACGGGUAUUCCGGCUCACUUUGUGGCGCCUCAACCUGUCAAGGUAAAAUGGUCCAGCAGCCUUUGUGCCUGUUGUUCUGAUGUCCCUAACUGUUGUUUAACAUGUUGGUGCCCAUGCAUUACUUUUGGACAAAUUGCUGAGAUUGUUGACAAAGGGAAUACUUCUUGUGGAGUUCAUGGGACUCUCUAUGCUAUAAUCGAGGCUCUCACUUGUUGCGGAUGCUUGUAUUCAUGUGCGUAUCGGACUAAGAUGAGAAGCCAAUACGGAUUGAAAGAAUCUCCUUGCAACGAUUGCCUUGUCCAUUUUUGCUGUGAAAGUACAGCUUGUGGAGUUCAUGGGACUCUCUAUGCUAUAAUCGAGGCUCUCACUUGUUGCGGAUGCUUGUAUUCAUGUGCGUAUCGGACUAAGAUGAGAAGCCAAUACGGAUUGAAAGAAUCUCCUUGCAACGAUUGCCUUGUCCAUUUUUGCUGUGAAAGGUGUGCCUUGUGUCAAGAGUAUCGUGAGCUCAAACUUCGCGGAUUUGAUAUAUCCAUAGGAUGGCAUGGUAAUAUGGAGAGGCAAAAUUAUGGAGUACAAAUGCCACCAAUGGCUCCAACAGGAAUGAACCGUUAAACUAAACAGACCAAGCGUCACUGCUAUAUUUAUGGUUUUUGUUUCAUGAUAAAUUGAUUAACUUGAAUAUAUGUAUCGAAGAAUUGUAUGUAAUUAUAUUUUUACAUGGAAUUUCUUGUGUUUUGAAAGAUAGUGUAAUAUUUUUACAUGGAAUUUCUUGUGUUUUGAAA